AUGAAAAUGGCUCCCGCGCUAACGAGCCUGCUGCACCCUGAAUGCGAGUACAUAUUCCAACUGGAGAAGGACGAGCGCCGCUGCCUCCGCUCCAUCGCCGAGGAAGGAAACACCAGUGCACCAGGUUGUGGAGCGUUCUGGGACGCGGUGGUCUGCUGGCCUCCCGCUGCGGUCGGGGAAAGCGUUCACAGAGCUUGUCCGGCCGUUUUCUCCCUCUUCAGAAACAGCACAGGUUUAGUGAGCCGUAACUGCACUGAUGGAGGUUGGUCCAGACCCUUUCCGCCGUACCACGUUGCCUGCAGCGUGGAUGACGACAUACCGGAGACGGAGCAGAGCUACUUUGCCACUGUAAAGCUGAUCUACACCGUCGGCUACAGCGUCUCUCUGCUGGUGCUGACCGCCGCUGUGCUCAUCCUGCUGCUCUUCAGGAGGCUACGCUGCGCCAGGAACUUCAUCCACAUUCAACUCUUCCUCACCUUCAUCCUGAAAGCCGCGGCGGUGUUCAUCAAAGACGCCACUCUCUUCUCUAAUGAGGAGACCAACCACUGCACCCUCUCCAACUUCGCCUGUAAGGCCGCCGUAGUCUUCUGUCACUAUUGCGUCAUGGCUAAUUUCUUCUGGCUCCUGGUGGAGGCGCUCUACCUCAACUCCCUGCUGCUCUCCUCAUUUUACCGCAGCCGCCGGUGUCUGUGGGGCUUCAGCUUGCUGGGAUGGGGGGUUCCUGUGCUCUUCAUUGUGCUAUGGAUUGGCUCCAGAGUGUAUUUUGAAGACACAGAAUGCUGGGACAUCAAUGAGGACUCGCUCUAUUGGUGGAUCAUCAAGGGCCCGAUCAUUGUUUCCAUUGUGGUCAAUUUCAUGCUGUUUGUCAACAUCGUCAGGAUUCUGAUACAGAAGCUGAGCCCUCGUCUGAUCCAGUUCAACAACUCCUCACAAUACAGACGCCUGACCAAGUCCACCCUGCUGCUCAUUCCUUUGUUUGGCACUCACUACAUGUUCUUCAAUUUCCUGCCCGACUACUUCAACGUGAACCUGCGCCUCUGCAUUGAGCUCUGCAUAGGAUCCUUCCAGGGUCUGCUUGUGGCAAUCCUCUACUGCUUUCUUAACCAAGAGGUGCAGAAAGAGGUGCACAUGCAGUGGCUGAGGUGGCAGGAGAGGAGCUAUGGCGUGGUGUCUCCCGCUGCCAAGUGCAGCAUGAUGGACACGCCCUUCUAGAUGCCCCAUGUGACAUAACACACACACACACACACACACACACA